AUAUAUGCGUGAUGUGCUGGCUGUAGUAUUCAGCAGUGGUGUGGUACGGUCUAUGCUGCUCUGACGCGUUGCUGAGGAGGCUGCCUGACUGCGUACGAGGAGAUGUAUCUCGGUGAAGGGUGAACAGGGAAGGGGUAGGUAGGGAGGAUGUGAUGGAGAGAGAGAGUGAAGCGAGAGCACGUGAUUGGGUGAGAGGGUGGAGAUGCGUAUGGCAUGCCGAGGGUGGAGCUUAGCAUCAGGCAAUUCCUGCUCUCUGUUUUUUUCUCUCUCCUCUGUCUCUCCUCACACUCACGGCAUCCCCAUUUUUCCGCUCACUUCUAGUAAGUUCACCUGCUCUCCCUUUCUUGUCCUUCAUCCUCCUCUUUGUGGGCUAUUUCAAUGGACUCUGUGUGUUCUUAUGGACUAUCAUCCGCUUCCUCCCAACUUGGUCUGAGCAACAGGGGGGCUUUCCAGGCACCAGCACUCCCUCUCUUGGUUUUCAUCCCCCUCACUGGGGGGAGGGGGGAGGACUAAGGGUGGGGGUGUAUAGCACCUCCUGGGGCACGUGUGGGGGUAAGACGGAGGCGGAUAGGUGUGGAGGGAGUAGGAGUGGUGAGGAUGGUAAUGCCGGCCCGUGGCUCUCCCUUCUUCCUGCACCUACUGCUUCUCUGUAGGCUGUGUGUCUCAGGGGCACAGCCCUGCUUCCUCUUCUCGUCAUGAGCCUGGCAGCAAGGGUCUCCUGCUCUGUGCUCAACUGCUUUGGUGAAGAAGGACCCCCCAGUCUGGAGUAUAUCCAGGCCAAGGACUUGUUCCCUCCGAAAGAGCUGGUCAAGGAGGACGACAGCCUCCAGAAAAGAGCUUCUGGACAUCUGAACAGCGAUUACUCACCUCGAACCGGAUACACUGCUUUCUCGAGACCAGGCCCAAAUCCCCAUCAUUUGCGUGAAGAAAAGAUGGAGAAAAAGGGGGUGGAGGUCGGGCUGCCAUCCGAGAAUUCGUAGGCGAAGACGUGGCUGAACGACGACACGGAUACUAAAGAGCUGGCUGGAUAUUCCGUGCGUCGGCAGGACAGAGAAGCUACGUCUGGUGCCGUUCCCAGCUCUGCAGGGGGAAGGGGUGGAGUAUCUAGGCCGAGCCGAUGACACCAUCAUCGCCAUCUCCAACUACAGGCUCCACAUCAAGUUUAAGGACUCCAUUAUCAAUCUGCCUCUGAGGCUCAUAGAGAGUGUGGAGAGCAGAGACAUGUUCCAACUGCACAUCAUCUGCAAGGACUCCAAAGUCGUCAGAUGCCAUUUCUCGACAUUCAAGCAGUGCCAGGAGUGGCUGAAGCGUCUGAAUCGGGCCAUAGCCCACCCUGGCAGGCUGGAGGAUCUGUUUGCCUUGGCCUACCACGCCUGGUGUCUGGGGGGCAGCGCAGACGAUGAGGACCAGCACCUACACCUCUGUAGACCAGGUGAUCAUGUCCGUCAGAGGCUGGAGAUGGAGGUGAGGAGGAUGGGCUUCGACAUGCAAAACGCCUGGAGAGUGUCCGACAUCAACCUCAACUACAAGUUGUGCUCCAGCUACCCCCAGAAGCUGCUGGUGCCAGUGUGGAUCACAGACAAGGAGCUGGAGAGUGUCGGCUCCUUCAGGUCCUCCAAGAGGAUCCCUGUGGUGGUCUACAGGCACCAGAGGAACGGGGCAGUGAUCGCCCGUUGCAGCCAGCCAGAGAUCAGCUGGUGGGGCUGGAGAAACACAGAGGAUGAAUACUUGGUCACCUCCAUCGCUAAGGCCUGUCUGAUGGACCCAGGGGCCAGGGUCACCUGUGGGGCCGCAGCCUGCAGCCGUCCCCAAGGGGAGGGCCCAGACAGCUCCGACAGCGACUUUGACUCCUCUCUGACAGGAUGUUCAGGCCCUGAUGCCAGCGCUGCGCCACAGAAGCUUCUCAUUCUCGACGCCCGCUCCUAUACCGCUGCAGUGGCCAACCGCGCCAAGGGAGGUGGCUGCGAGUGUGAAGAGUACUACCCUAACUGUGAGGUGAUGUUCAUGGGCAUGGCCAACAUCCACUCCAUUAGGAACAGCUUCCAGUCCCUCCGAACAGUCUGUAGCCAGAUCCCCGACCCUGGGAACUGGCUUUCUGCUCUGGAGAGCACCCGUUGGCUGCAGCACCUAUCCAUCAUGAUGAAGGCUGCCACUCUAGUGUGCUCUGCGGUGGAAAGGGAGGGACGUCCUGCCCUGGUGCAUUGUUCAGACGGGUGGGACCGUACCCCACAGAUUGUGGCUCUUGCCAAGAUCUUGCUGGACCCCUUCUAUAGGACACUAGAGGGUUUCCAGGUACUGGUGGAGACAGAGUGGUUGGACUACGGUCAUAAGUUUGGCGAUCGCUGCGGUCACCAGGAGAGUGCUGAUGAUGUGAGUGAGCAGUGUCCUGUCUUCCUACAGUGGCUAGACUGUGUUCACCAGCUACUCAAACAGUUCCCCUGCUUCUUCGAGUUCAACGAGGCAUUCUUGGUCAAGCUGGUUCAACACACAUACUCGUGUCUGUACGGGACGUUUCUGUGUAACAACAGGUGGGAGAGAGAGGCCCGCAACAUCUACAAACGCACCUGCUCCAUCUGGUCUCUGCUCCGCACCGGCAACAAGAACUUCCAGAACUUCCUUUAUAUUCCCUGUCAUGAUAUGGUGCUGCAGCCGGUGUGCCACACCCGGGCCCUGCAGCUGUGGACGGCCGUCUACCUGCCCACCUCCUCCCCCUGCACCGCUGCCGAGGACGCCAUGGAGCUCUACCUGUGCCCCUGCGCACAGGGAGAUGAGCUCACCUCACGAUCUCUCGACAGGUUUCCAAAGUCUCGCUCCAUGGACAACCUGGUGUCGGCGUGUGAGAACGGGAUGGCCUUCACCCGCACCUCCAGCGACCCCAACCUCAACAAGCACUGCCAGGAGGGCCGUACUGCCCAUGGCUUGGAGCCUAUGGCUGCUAUAGGAGGAGGGGCCGCACCCGAUAGCCCCGAGGAUGUCAGCCCUGACACGGGAUUGGACAACAAUGACUCGGAGGUGGAGCCAGUCACUCAGACUCCUCCUACCACACCCCUGGAGAUGGAGCCAAGGGAAGAGGGCUUUGAGGAGUUGAGAGAGGAGAUUUGUCUGAUGACACAACCUCUGCCCUCCCUGCCCCUCCCCCCUGUCACUCUGGAGAAGGGCUUCCCCCAUCCCCCCCCUCUCCCCCUGCCCACACCCAUUCUCCUCCAUUCCCUCCCCCAGACCACCAGCCCCCAUUGCCCUCCCCCUCCCUUGCCACAACAGGCGGCUGACAGCCGCUACAGGAUUGCUGAGGUCACUACCCACCCUGCCCGGGCAGCAGAAGCAUGCCUACCUUCCCCACCUGCCUGGAAGGGCCCACUACCGGCAGCUGUUCUGAAUGGCCUCCAGAACAGCCACUCAGCGUCUGCAGAGCUGCCAGCCCUCGAGCAGCUAGUUCCUCUAUCCCCUAUGGCCAUGGAAGACUCCACAGAGACCCUCACGGACAAAGCAGAGGCCCCACCAACACUGCCCCACAGCAGGAGAGAAAGUCUGGGCCAGACCCGGGACUUACCCCAGGCCCAGGCCCAGGGAGCGGAGAGAGAAGGGAAGAGGACAGAGGUUGUGAGUGGUAGAGAGCUGGUGCCUCUGAGAGAAUGUGUAGUAGCAGUACCAACAGUAGCAAUGGCCUCCGCAUCUACAGUGCCCCCUGUUGACAACAGCCAGGUAGUGGCGGUGCGAUACCCGGUCUCCCAGAGCCACCUGAGUGUCAGUGAGGAGCUGUCUCUCCUGGGCUCCCACUGGGAGAGUGUCCAGGGCCUGGUCCAGUCUACCUGCAACACCGCAGCCAGCCAGUCUGGCCUCCCAGCCAAUCUCUCCUCAGGUCUCUGUCGGGCCCUCCAGCCCACCGCCUACCAGAGUCGACGCCUGGCUGGCAAGCUGCUCCGUGCCCAGGGCAUGGCCGUGUCCAACGGGUUGCCUAACGGAGGUUCGCAGUGCUUCCGAAGGGAGAAGGAGGAAAGGGUCCGUGGCCCGGCUCCAGCCCCAGCCAGCUCCAGCCCAGUCCAGUCAGGGUCAGGCUGGCUCUCUGCAGUCAGAAGCAGCUCAGGCUAUGCUGCCAUCUGCAGCCAAACCAGCACCAGCACUCCACCCACCUCUUCUACCCACCAGUUUUUACCAGCCUCUCCCUUCUCCCUGCCCUCCCAGCCCCCCCCGACCUACCUGGAUGAUGACGGGCUGCCGGUGCCCAUGGACGCGGUGCAGCAGCGUCUCAGGCAGAUCGAGGCGGGAUAUAAACAGGAAGUGGAAGUGCUGAGGAGACAGGUGCGCCAGCUGCAGAUGAGGCUGGAGAGACAGUACGGCAUGCCGCCCUCUGAGCCUGACGUCGACUACGAGGACGACAUUACGUGCCUGCGUGAAUCAGACGACAGUGACGAGGAGGAAAGUCUGUCGGAUCACAGCGAGGACUGUUUCUCCGAGGGCAGCUGGGACAGAGUGGAGCAGAAGGACACAGAGGUCAGCGUCCCUCAUAGUCUGCUUCAGGUCACCAGGUGGGUGCCCGAUCACAUGGCCUCCCAUUGUUUCAACUGCGACUGUGAGUUCUGGAUGGCCAAGCGACGUCAUCACUGCAGGAACUGUGGCAAUGUGUUCUGUAAAGACUGCUGCCACCUGAAGCUGCCCAUCCCAGACCAGCAGCUGUACGACCCUGUCUUAGUGUGUAACAUCUGCAAUGACCUGCUGCUGGAGGCUAGGAACAGAGAGAUCUGCAGCCAGCAGCUCAAGAAGCCCAUCGCCACAGCCUCCAGCUGAGAGACAGGAGAGAGCCCCAUACUAAGUGUCCCAGUCCUGGCUCAGUCUGGCCUGGCCUAGUUCAGUUUGGCCCGGUUAGGACCUGGAUCAGCACCUUCUUGGAUCAUCUUGAGCCAUGUGCCCUGCUCCUACUACCCUAACAUGGUCUGGUCUUGGUUGUGUGGGAAGAUGAGGAGGACUUGUGGUUGCUCUGUGGCAGGGAGGCAAAGCUUGAGAAUGGAGAGAGGCCACUGACCACUGGGGUUGAGAGACUGACUGAGGAGUGGAAGAGGAUAGGGGAUGACAGUGAAUUAACGGAGUGAGGGAGAUGGAUGAGGAAGAGCUGUUAUGGAGGCUAUCCCACUGAGUUGAACCCCUUUUGGUCUAACACAUUUCCAGCCUGGAAGGAAGGCUGCAGCGUCCUGCUGCCCUGCCCUGGGGCUAUUGUUCUCCACUGGUGCCUCAGAUACCCCCUGAUGCCCCAUGCCACCACCCUGCUCCUGUAGCUCCAUCUCAAACCUACCUGAAUGUCCACUCCCAUUCUAGCGCAUCGCUCUCACACCCACCAACCAACCACCCCAUAAUGUGCCUCCCCGCCUGAAACACACACACCCACCUACUCGCCUCCAAGGACAAUCUCUCGCCCUCCCUAGUGUUUGGGACUCCAAAGCCUUUACCUGUUAAAUGGAGGCUGAUGACAACUUUAACAAGAAAAAGAACAAAUGCUGCUACAGUAUUUAAGUCUAAUUUUGUAUUCUUAUUAUUUUGUGCACUACAAGCUGUUUGUGUAUUUAAGGGAAUUUGAGGCCAAACUCGAGCAAAAGGGAGAAAUCUGCUGUUUACUUGCUGCCGUACCUUUUUGUGGAGCUUGAAUGUAAAUGUUAGAAAUGAAAUGGACAAGUGUGUCGGAGUAACUGGAAUAAUAAUAUUUGACGAUAAUAUUUGAUUAUGUGGUAACACUUGACACCCAGCAUCAUAACACGUUAUGACAUGGUCAUAACCAUUUCAUAUGUCAUAACAGCUGACAUAACUUGUCAUAACCUGUUAUAAUAUGGUCAUAACAGUCAUGACACAUAUUUAGACUUGUUGUGACAUAUAUUGUGUUAUUUUAUGGUUGGUUAUGACACCUACAUAAGAGUAAAAACCCACAAAACCUACCACAGUAGUUAUUUUAUGGCUGAUUGUGAUGUUAUGUAUAUAUUUUUUAAGUCGACCAUAUUAAAUUAACAUUGUAAUUUCACACAUAUUGAUGUCAGACAUGCACCUACCCCAAUGCUGAUGACUGGAUGAAUGCAGGAGAAGAUUUCAGGAGCAGGACAAGACACACUCUUUUUGACUGCUAUAAAGGCUUAUAUGAUUAGGAGGGUCAUAAUGCUUCUUGACAGUGUCAUAAAGUGUAUUUUCUCAGUCCAAGCAAAGUGACACAGGGUGGUCAUAAUGCUUCAUGACAGUGUGAAAGGUUAUUUUUUACAAGUUAUUUAAAAUAUGAUGAAAAAUAACAUGACUGUAAAGAAUUCAUUACAACAACAAAGGUUUCAAGAAACAAACAUUCAAACGACUGGGAAAAAGGUAUUACAUUAUUUUUUUUUAGUUGUGACACUUAUGUAGGUGUCAUAACCAGUCAUAAAAUAACGAAAUAGAUGUCACAACAGGUG